UUCUGGCCUUGAAGCAAAGCAAGCAGUCGGCUUGGCGGUUUUGUAUGCAACGGUGAAUGUGUAGUGAUUGUUUAAUUAGUUUUUAACACAAAUUCAUUACUACGAAUUUUUUAACAAGUGCUUCAAUUUAUCUGAACUAUGUUUAACACUUAAUUUGCAAGUUUUAAAUGUUGAAAAAGUGCAUGUGAUAGUUUUGUUUUUGUUCUGAUGCUUGACAAACUUUACAGGUGUGCUGGAUGUACCGUAUUACCGUAAACAACAAUAGCUGCAGUGAGAAAAUUAUUAAUGAGAGGCGUUAGUCCAGAUUCCACCAACGAGGAUGGAUUAACUGCAUUACAUCAAUGCUGCAUAGACGACAACGAGGACAUGAUGAAGCUGCUGCUCGAGUUUGGUGCCAACGUAAAUGCUGAGGACAGCGAAAAGUGGACGCCCCUCCACGCGGCCGCUACCUGCGGCCAUCUGCAUCUAGUCUCCUACCUCAUUGCCAGUGGUGCCAACUUGCUAGCAGUAAACGCAGAUGGCAACAUGGCCUAUGACAUCUGCGAGGACGAGGCCGCCCUGGAGCACAUAGAGUCCGAGAUGGCGCGGCGGGGUGUCACACAGGAGUUGAUCGACGAGACGAGGGCAGCCACUGAAACCAUCAUGCUCAGGGAUCUCAGGGCGCUAGUAGCGUGUGGGCGCGGCGGUGACCUUGAACUCGGGGACAGUGGAGGUGCGACACCCCUUCAUAUAGCGGCCGCCAACGGGUACCUGAGGGUGGUCGAGUUCCUGUUAGAGGAGCAACAUGUGGCCACUGACUGCCGCGACCAGGAUCACUGGCAGCCAGUACAUGCCGCUGCUUGCUGGGGACAUUUGGAAGUCUUGGAGUUACUAGUUCAAAACGGUGCUGACCUAAAUGCUAAAACAAAGCAUGAUGAAACUCCUGCUGACAUCUGCGAGGACCCGGAGCUGAAAGAGCGCAUUCUGGAGCUGCGCAGUGAACAGGAGACAAAGCGGCUGCAGGAAGCCCAGCGGCGCCGCGUGAAGCGAACCCAAAGCAACAACACGCGCACACAGUCUGUGCGACGCACAUCCAUUCGCGACAAGACGCUCACAUCCAAGAAGGAAGCCGUCGAGGAAGCAAGGCUGAGGCGCCAGGCUCAGCAGGUAUUCGGCCCACCGAUAGACAUAACCGACAUAGGACUGAAAAUCGCUGACUCGCCAAACAAUAGACUGAAAGAGAGAGAUGGCAGAGGGAGGGAGAGAGAGCCGGUGUCACUAGGCAGUGAGGAAAGUGGUGAGCUUCCUCUCACUAGGCGAGAACCUGAGCUUCCUCUCACGAGGCGAGAACCUGACGGCAAGGAUUUCAGUAUAAUCGAACAAGAGGUUGAAGCUAAACCGUCCUCUUCUAUUGACCACCUGCCCACCUCCACAGAGGCCAGCUACACAACGACCACCGAACAGAGUAACGGCAAAAUCAACAUUCACGUGUCGGUCACAAUAAACGCCGGCACACUGGCCGAACUGAAAAAGCAGCGCGCGCAGAACCGUGGUGGGGGAAGUCUGGUGGGCGGUGGAGGGGAUAGCCAGUCUGCUGCGCAUGCGCACCAGUCCACCGCGCAUGCGCAGUCGCCGUCGGCAGCCAACUCGGAUCUGUCGGUGGUCAGUCGGUCGCCGGACGCCGUGGCGACAGGAGCUGCUGCUUCCGAGCAGGUGGCUCCCGCUGGUGGAGCGGGCGUGAAGCGGUUCGCCGGUCAUACAGCUGAUAAUGUGAUGGUCGGAGAUGCUAGGUUGUGCCACAUCUAUCAUCUAUAAUGGCAAAAAUAUAUAAUUUGUGAAAGAAGAAGCAAAAGGGAAAUGGUGAUGAAUUGAGUGAGUGAUAAACUGUGGACAUGAAACUAAUUUGUAAUUUAUAUCAAUACUUUUUUAUUUUCAAUUUUUCAAUAAUAAACAUUCAAGCCUUGUUCUCCAAUUAAUUUUGACUCUGCUGGACAGAAAGAGAAUUCUAUUGUUUCUAAUGGAAGUGUUCUUACAAUAGCAGACCGCAAAUGUGUGAAUACUUACUUAGAAAUCAAUGAUACUCUUCUCCAGCAAAGUAGAAAUGCAUUGGAUACGUUAUGUAAAUCUGGAAUAGGAAAUUUGGAGAGGAAUAUCACAAGGUUACCUUAUUUUUCCUCUCCCUAUCAUAUCGAUAAUUAAAUAUUGUAUAAAUAAAUUGAGGCUGUGCAAAGGCUGAAAAUAAACUUUCUACUGGUGAUAUUUUUCAAAGCUUUUCGA